GUUUCGUUGUACGUUUAGUGGCUUUCUCCGCCACUGCUUGUUUAUAUGAGUACAUAUCAGGUUCUUUAGAUUCAUUUCACACCGUCCAAUUUUCAUUCACGUAAAUCAAUAAGCAUUUUCUAUACAAAAAAAGAAUUUUUGAGAAUCUCUUUAGUCAUAUUCUACCCUUUUUAACAACAUACUGGCUGGUCUUGCUUUAGGCGAUCAGAUUUAACCACUACUCAAAACAACCAAAAUCUGAGAACAUAAGGCUUAUAAAUUAAUUAAUUUUGUUCAAAGAUGAAUCCUUCGUCGUCUUUUGGAGCUAGUAGUUCACCAAAUAAUAAAAGCCCUUUGAAACCUCUCUCAGUGGAUGACUUGCGUUCUCCUUCGCCUCAAAGGGAAUUACGUGGAAAUAGAGGAUCUUUUGCUCCGUCUUCAGUAGAAAAGAAAUUCGUUCCUAGUCAUUUGAUGCAUUUGACAGCAAGUCAACGAAAAUUCGCUCCAGAUGUUAGCUCUCCGCUAAAUGAGUUCUUCGACUCACAUUCUGGAAUCCGUUCCUCUACAUCUCCUUCUUCCAAAUUUGGUGGACCUAGCUUUGGUACACCAAAACCAUUUUUGCGAGCCAACCGUUUGGGAGGAAGUUCGAUUAUUGAAGACGCUCCUCCUACUCAAUCUAUUUAUGAUUUUCCUUCUUCUCGCCAAAUUAGCACCUCAAAUGUCGAUCAAAUCACUGCUUCGCCUCUUUCUUCCCCUUUUACCGCUAGAACAUUAAAUAGUCCCAUGGAGCCAUUAAAGGAGGUUAGCAGAUCUGUCAUAGUUUUCGGGUUCCCUCCAGAGUUAACUACUCAAGUUCUAAACGAAUUCUCUCGGUUCGGAAAGAUUGUCAAUCAACACUCUCUUACCGCUUCUACUAGUGCCUUGCCGGGCUUGAAAAAUGCUCAUGGAAAUUGGCUGCAACUCACUUAUGCUGAACCUUCUUCUGCUGCUACAGCAGUUCAGUCAAACGGAAUGAUUAUUCAUGAUUCUUUUAUGGUUGGAUGUAUCUAUAGUCCUGAUGAUAAGCAGAGUCAUUCACAGGCGGCUACAAAAUUAGACGCUUUAGAUAUUGAAAUGACUGAAGCUGAUACCAAAGGAAUUCCGCCUCUGACGACUCAAUUAGAAGCAAGUGCACAAUUCGAAGCGACAAUCGGGAAAAGGAUAGUCGUCCAACAUAAUGAGGAUAUUUUUAAAUCAUCCCAUAAGGACCCGUCUAAAAACUGGUUUGUUCAAAAUCUUUUUGGAAAUACCUCGAACGAUACUAUUGAGGAGGAAGAAAAAUUGGCAAGUGUAACUGAUAACAAAACCGGACAAAGCUCUUUGUUAGGCAAAAGUAUUCAGGUGAUUCUACACACGCUCUUUGGAUUCUAAAUUUUGAGCUUUAUCGGUUUGUACAAAAAUUAACUUGGUUUAACCUUACUGUAUAAUACAUUUGAAAAAGGAAGGUUACGUUAUAUCAGCAAGCGUAAAUUAGCUUCUUUGCUUGACAAGUAAAUAAUGGAUGAAUAUACAAAACGUUUAGAAUAUGAUUUAAUAAAGAACAUUCUUUUUUUACUUCUCUGAUAUGAAUAAUGUGAUUUAUUCUCUCCUGCGCCAA